GUUCCUGAUACCUUACAUUUUAUUCACCUUCAUCGGCGCUGUUCCCUGUGUGUUCCUGGAGAUGGUGAUUGGCCAGCUCUCUCAAACUGGACCUAUCAACGUCUGGAACUUAUGUCCACCAUUUAAAGGCAUUGGUUUUGGGAUUGCUUUGGUGAUGUGGCUGUAUGUCACCUACUACAUGGCCAUAUUCGCCUGGUUUAUGUAUUACUUCUACCACUCGUUCCUCGACAAGCUUCCCUGGGCCAGCUGUGACAACUCCUGGAACACCCCUGCAUGUAUAGCAAAUAGCAACGGAAGCACCUUGAACAGUACAGUAGCUAAUGUUACUGGCCUCAGUCACAGUAACUUCACCAAUGUCACUGAAACGGUCCCGGGUGUGACUGCUGCAGAAGAGUUUUGGAGAUUCCAGGCGUUACAGAUGACUGAUGGCCUGGAACAUAUUGGUGGUAUCCGCUGGCCCCUAGUUGGGUUAAUGGGAGUUACCUGUGUGAUCAUGUUCUUAUUCAUCUUUCAAGGGAUCAGAGUGUCAGGAAAGGCAAGUAACCAGUAUCGGUGCAGUUUAUAUACGUGUAGUUAUCGCAGGAAGUCAUAGCACAUGGUCUUCACUUCGUUAGGCCCACUUUGUUCGGACUCCUGUGAAAGGGAUACCCUCAAAUGAUAUAAUUCUAACUAAACUUUGCUCUGAAACC